UCUCCAAUAAUAAUUCAUCUCUCUCCCCUCUUCUCCCCUCUCUCUUCUAUAUAUAUACACGCAGAGAGAGAGAGAGAGAGAGACUGUAAAAUACUUGACUGCAUAAAUCUAACCCCAAUUUCCCAGUGGAAUUUACAGUAAAAGUGUUAGUUCAAACGGAACCAUGGCUGGGAGGGAUUUGCUUUUGUUUGUGGCAGUAACUGUAAUUUCUUCAUCACUAAUGGCGCCAAUGGCGCGUGGGAAUUCCGAUGGCGACGCUCUUUACGUGCUUCGCCGGAGCCUGUCCGACCCGGAUAACGUGCUUCAGAGCUGGGAUCAGAAUCUCGUUAACCCUUGCACCUGGUUUCACGUUACCUGCAACCAAGACAGCCAAGUCACUCGCGUGGAUCUUGGCAACUCAAAUUUAUCUGGUCAUCUGGUACCUGAACUGGGAAAACUCGAACAUCUGCAGUAUUUGGAACUUUAUAAAAAUAACAUUCAAGGGAAAAUUCCAGCUGAGCUUGGUAACUUGAAGAACCUAAAAAGUUUGGAUCUGUACAACAAUAAUAUAUCGGGGACAAUCCCUCCUUCACUGGGAAAUUUGAAAUCGCUUGUCUUCUUGCGUCUAAAUGAUAAUAGGCUAACUGGGCCAAUCCCAAGGACACUUACUGGUACAUCGAGCUUGAAAGUUUUUGAUGUCUCAAAUAACAAUUUGUGUGGUCCAAUCCCUAUUACUGGUUCAUUUGAGCACAUCCCAUUGGACAACUUUGAGAACAAUCCUCGUCUGGAAGGACCCGAAUUGCAAGGACUGGCUGGUUAUGAUACCAACUGCUCGUAAGAAAACUAUAAAUAGAUGCAGAAAGCUGCAGCUAUUUCUUCUUUGUUCUAAAUGGUGUGUUUCUUCUUACAUAUGAAGUCGCGUGUUGUACCUUAUGAUGCAUAUUAUUUUAUCCGUAUGAACUAUUGUCUAUGUAGGUUGUUAUUAAUGCUUAUCAUGGUUAUUUAUGGAAAAAUUCUCUCUGUA